CGUUUUCCUUUGGGACAAACAAGCCGUCCACUACGUUCAACUUUGGCGCGGCACAGCCGUCGACAGGCUUGACGUCCACGCCGGCCACGGCUACCGCAGCGCCAGCCACCACCACUGCCACAACUGCUACGACACAAGCCCCCACGCAGACAACUGGCACUGCUGCGCCAUCUUCAACAAUGCACUACCGACUGCUGGAGGAGUCCGUCAACCAGUGGAAGGUGGAGCUGGAAGAGCUCGAGAGGAACUUCAUUGACCAGGCCACGCAGGUGAAUGCCUGGGACCGUUCGCUGCUGUCGAGCGCCGAGCGAGUGGGCCAGCUGAGCUCGCUGGUGGAGCGUGCGCAGCUGGACCAGCAGCGGCUGGAGCACGAGCUGGACUACGUGGCCGCCCAGCAAGGGGAGCUCGAGAGGCUGCUGGCACCUCUCGAGGCCGCCCUGAAGCAGGCGCCCGCCCUGUCCGUGCAGCAGCACGCCGACCUAGAGCGUGAGCACACAUACCACAUGGCAGAGAACAUCAACUCCCAGCUGAACUCUGUGUCUCGGGACAUUAAGGACAUCGUGGAACAGCUGAAUGCGGCCAACGCAUAUUCUGCGCAGGACAAACCGCUGCAGCAGAUCUCGAAAGUACUGAACUCGCACAUGGAUGCCCUUAUAUGGGUGCAACACAACUCGGAUGUUCUGCAGCACAAGCUGCAGGAGUUGGAGCGUGCCUGCCAGCAGCAGAGGUCCGACCCGCUGCUGAAACGCUGACGUCCGAGCAACCCACGAGCCUCUUCAUUUCCGUGUUAAUAAA